AUGUCUCCAAUGGAGGUUAGUGUCGACGAGAUCACAGGUCUUGCCGCAAAGGCAGGCUUGAAACUCCAAGAGGGUCACGCGGAAGACUAUAGCAUUCUGACGAGCGAGUUUGAAAACCUUGUUGCCAGUCUUGGGGAUGACAAGCUUCUGUAUCCAAAACCUGAUCUCACUAAAUAUCCGCGGGAAAAUGUGCACAUUCCCGAGCCCAAGGAUGCUGAUGGUGGAGGCUGGGCAACGAAAGCCUCAGUCAGGGCAACUUCGCCGAGAAGUCAACUUCUGGACGGUAAGACUGUCGCUAUCAAGGAUAAUACCGCCGUGGCAGGCGUGCGGUGCACGAAUGGUUCAACCAUGGUCGAUUGGACACCUGAAUACGAUGCUACUAUUGUGACCCGUAUCCUGGAUGCUGGAGGUCUGAUCUUGGGAAAAUCAGCUUGCGAGAACAGCUGUCUCGAAGGGACGUCUAUAUCGUCGUGCACGGGCCGCGUACACAACCCAUACGCCGACUUCUACAGUGCGGGGGGUUCCUCGUCAGGCUCCGGUCGGCUGGUGGCAACAGGGUCUGUCGACGUGGCCAUCGGAGGCGACCAAGGGGGCAGCAUCAGAAUUCCAGCCACCUGCUGUGGUAUCGUGGGCUUGAAACCGACAUGGGGACUCGUUCCAUACACGGGUAUCCUCAGCCUUGAUGCGAACAUAGAUCAUACCGGGCCAAUGGCGCGAACAGUCCCUGACUGCGCGAGGCUUCUCGAAGCAAUUGCUGGAUCAGAUGGUUGGGACGAUCGUCAGCCGGCGUUCGGCCUCGAAGUUGGGAGCCCGAAGACUCUGUUUCUGGAUGCUGUGCUUGACAUCACCCAGAAGGACUCCAAGUCUUCCCUCAGCGGGCUCAAGGUCGGUAUCUUGAGAGAAGGCUUCGAAGUGCCCCACCAGGACGCCAAAGUCGUUGCCUCUGUCGAAGCUGCCGCUCAGAAGUUCUCACAACUUGGCGCACAGGUCAAGGAGGUCUCCGUUCCCGCGCACCACACGGGCCAUGUGAUUUGGACAUGCGGCCUCCCGAUUGCCGGUGGGCGGCAGGCCAUCUUCGGUGAUAUCGACGGAAGGAAGCAGCUCUCACUGACCGACCGCGCGAGCCUCAUCACACCGAAACGGCUGAGCCAACGCGAGUUUGACUCUCUGGGGCCGGGCUGUCGGAACUUGUACAUCAGGUGGCUCUACUGCGAGGAGAAGUACGGGCCGGCCUUGCAGGGAAGAGUAGGGAACCUGGUCAAGGGACUCGCAGACAGCUAUGAUCAUGCUCUCAAAGAUGUUGAUAUCUUGGUGAUGCCAACAGUGGCCUCGCCACCUCAAAAUCUUGGAGAUGGCAGCACGAAGGACGGCCCACUCCAGGGCAACGCUCUCACCCCGAGCAUAGUAUACAAUACCUGUCCGUUUGAUAGCACUGGUCACCCUGCGUUGUCGCUCCCCUGUGGGUUUGUGCCCGCCUCUGACAACGCUGAGAUAAAGCUUCCAACGGGAAUAAUGCUCGUCGGGCGUAGAUAUGACGAUGUAACAGUCCUGAAGGCUGCUGCUGCAUGGGAGAAGGCAUUUGAUUGGAAGAUACUUUGA